AUGCAGGCCGAUACGUUUCACCUCUCUCACGGCGAAUCCCCGCCCAUUGAAUCCUGGGACGAUGACGGAGACUUGCAGUGUCUCGACGAUGCACAGUUCCAUGCGAUUUCUGCAACAACAUCCGUCACUGGCUCCAUGCUACGAUCCGGCCAUCGCGAUUCUAUUUCCUCGCGCCGUUCUAUGCGUUCCGAUGUCGAAUCCAAUGCCGGAGAUGAGGAUUGGCAGCUGCUCCUCCGAGAUAACGACGAAACAGCAACUGAAGAGGCCAUUGCUUCUGCACGCAGCGCCGGCAUACCGAUCCCAGAUAAUGUACCUAAGUCGGCUCUGCUGUCUGGUUCUAUCAAGAAACUACAAUCUAAAGCGAAUAAAAAGAGCGCUAUUGAUGACUGGUCUGAGGACCUAGAGUUUCCGGCUGCAGACAUGGAGCUAGCUCUUAAAUCACCGGAACAGGCGUCAUUCCCAGAAUCUAUACAACCGAUUCACACCCCAUUUACAGGGAGUCCGGUUAAAUCCAGAGAUUCAAUCGAUCAAUCAUCCUUUGGAGGCUCUAGGACUAUCACCCAAUCAAGCAUUAGCAUCCCAUCAAGCAACAUGGGAGAUACUUUAGAUCAUGAUAUCAAACAAGAUUUGCAAGAUUUCACGACAGAUGAUUUCUCCGUGUCGCAGCUGAAUCGACCUCAGACUCCUACCUCCAAUCACACACCCCCUGUUGGUAUAGUAAACCAACCUCAAACUCCAUCUCAUAUCAGCCACACUCCACCAGUUGGCGUAGUCAACGACAACGAUGAUUUUGAGAAAGAUUUUGAAUUUCCCACGCAUGACAUGAUGCUUAAACUUUCUCCACCGCCUAAUAUUACCAGCACGAUUCCUAUCAUUAACGAUGACAUUUGGGACAAUAUCGAUUGGGCAGAUGGAGCCAUCAGCGGACGCUUCAGUGGCACGAAGCGUGAUGGACGUUCGACUCACAGUUCCUCUGUGUCGGCAUUCAGCCCCAGUGCCUCUAGUUGUCUCACAUUGGAGACCGAAGAUGACGGCUUAGAUGGAUUGAUCUUGCCAGAUGGCCCGCUGAAUUUGGAGGAGAAUCUGAAAAAACGGAAAGUACUUCGGACAGAACCAGAGGAAGUCAGUCCAAAGACUCAACCUCGCUCAAAGAAUGUGGUCGACAGCCACAACUUCUUUGAUGACUUGGACGUGGAUGACGGAAGCGUGUUCACGUCGAUGAAGCCAAAUGUCAAUCGCAAUGUGAAGCGUAAAUUAGAUCGCCCAAUGACUCCCAACCGCUCUGAGAAAACAAUCACAUUCACGAACAAGAACCCAUCUGUGGUGACGCGAAUUCCCCGACUCUCUGGCCAUAAUAGAAGCCACACCAGCCUGGAGCCCGUCUCGGAGAGUGGAAAUCCUGUUAUUCAUUUUCGGAGACCCCAGUCCCGGCUCACAGCACACGCAAAUCGGUCAUCCGUUGGGAGUCUUCAUACGUCCCCGCCAGUCACUCCAUCAGCAGGGCGAAGAUCACUCGGUUCUCGUGUAUCAAGAGAAGGGGGCAUUACCAAUGACUCUUCGAGCCUUCUGAAAGUGAAACGCUCACGUGCCCCUGAGGAACCGGUGUCCGUUCCACCUUUCCAGCGGCCAUCAUCACGGCAAGAAAGUACGAGUAUGAUUCCCGCGUACUCUCGACCCAAGACGCCUGUUGAUAGAUCGACAGCAGAUUCAAGGCUCGGAACUCACCGACCUCCAGUGCCUUUUCUCCCUGCUGGCGCAUCGCAGAGCCAAUCUCAUCACGUGAGCCUGAAGUAUUCGCGGCAUUUUCGUCGAUCCGAUUCGGAGAAUUCUACAGAUUCUACCGUUGGACCAAAGUCAAUCUCGCAUUCUCUACGCUCAGACGCACCCAGUCGCCACCAUGCACACUCUGCUAGUGAGGGCUCAAACAUAACGGCUAAGCGAACAAUUACUCGGCCAGCUCGUCGAAGAAACUACGGAGACGGGACUGAAUUAGAAUCAUUCGAUGAUCUACCAACUUCUGCAAUUUCUGAAAGCCGUUUUGUCAAAACUCCGGUAGGGCACGGUGCCCCCAGAUCUGUGCGCAAUCGACUGCCACAGUCCCCUCCUACCACGUUGUCGGCACGCACUGAAACACCAGCCUCACCACCAAUGACAACCGGGGCUUCUUCUCGGCCUAGCACAUUCACGCCUCGAUUCGCAAGAGACACCAACGCGUCGAGAAUUGCCCGGGAGCAAAGGAUUGCUUCUCUUUCUCUACCAUCUCGGACUCGUGAAAGUGUGCCCCUUGCUCCUUUAAGUUCCAACUGGAAAGGACAGCAACCAUCUAGACAGGGUGAUUCCAUGUUGACUGCAAGGAGCAAAAAGGGCAAGGCAUCCCGACCUGGAGGAGGAUCUAGGCCACAGCUGAUCCGGCCAAUGGGGUCUGGGGUCAGUGAAGCAAAGAAUGUCAAAGGUAUGCAGUAUAAUCCCAGCACAUAUCGGUGGGAGGGCAAUGAGAAUGAAAUUGUGGAGUUUGAUGUUAUAAACGCACCCAAAUCUCCCAAGGUGGCGCCAGCCCUCAUUACAAACAUUGGGACAAUCAAGGGUGCCCAGGUUGUUGGCGGCAUGGUCUUUGACCCUCGGCAUAAGGUGGCAGUCAUCCACGACGAGCUUGAAGAUGUCUUUGCCGGACUGGAAGAUCUCCAGGAUAGGCCACAGGCCAAGCAUCAUCAUCACCAUGGACGGAACAUCUCAGAGGCAUCUGCUGCAGCAACGGAUGUCUUUGACGACCAAAGCGGUGAUUCUUCAGAAGAAUGGCCAAUCACCGAGGAGUUUGACGUUGGCCCUGAGUUUGUCAAACGUCAACGAGCAGAAGAAGACCGGUGGAAACGCAAAGUGACCAGGUGGGUGACGUCCGAACGGCAGAGGCUUGGAGAUGGCUGGCGAUGGGCCAUUCGGGACUUGGUUCCUAGUGGAAAUUGA